AUGCUUGGUUUUCGCCUGGGUUCGCUCCGACUCUUCCUUGGAUUGAUUUUACUCCUCCAGCUUUAUGGAUUUUUGGGAAAUAUUUUCGAGAAACACCUCGCGCUUGCGCAUGAUCAGCAAAAGACUGCAGCAGAGCAUCGCUUCACGGAGAAUGCGUCUCGAAGCUCCGCCGCAUCGCUGCCAGCGCAAGUUCGAGACAGUUUCUUCACCGUUCUGCAGAUAAGCGAUAUUCACCUCGAUUACCAGAACGUGGACGCGCUGGAUAAUUUCAAGACAAUUGUGUUUGAUGCGAUACCGUUCGUAGCGCCGGAUGUUGUUAUCGUUACCGGUGAUAUCACGAAUGCGAAGCGGCGGAGAGGCCUUGGCCACUUCUCCGAGCAGCGCGUAGACGAAUGGUCGCAGUACUCCGAAAUCGUCCAAAGAGCUCGGGUGGAAGGGAUCAUUCCAGCGGAAACCGCUUGGAUUGAUCUACCGGGAAACCACGACAUGUUUGGUGUGCCAUCGCGACUCGCGGGAACAAACCGCUACUACGGCCAACAUUGCCAGUUGUACCAUUCACUAGCGAAUGUCUCGUGCCUUCAGCCGCGAUUCAGUUGGUUUAGCUUCCAUAACGGCAGCUACGCUGUUAUGCGGGUAGAUGCAGUGCCAGAACCAAGCCUGCACCGACCUCUAAACUUUUUCGGGGAUCUUUCUCGUCUACGUGGAGAUCAACGAGAAGAUCUGGAGUUGGGCGCGUUGAAUCAAGGUAUUGAUUCCGCUUUUGUGUUCGUUGCUGCUCACUAUCCAUCAUCAUUUAUUAACACUGAGUUAGACCUGCAUUCAACGCUGGGGAAGGCAGCAAAAAACCGGCCGCUCGUGUACCUGUCAGGGCACCUGCAUACGCUCAUGGGCCUCUGUCCGCGACUCUAUUCUGUUGUUCCAAGAAAACGUCUCCUUGAUCUGGAGCUUGCCGACUUGCGAUACGAGCGCCGUUUCCGAGUUAUCAUCGCGAGCUCCACCAUGGGAGCCCUGGGGUUCCGGGAUUUCUCCUUACGAACUGGCACAAAGCCUGAGCGAAACGAGGUACCACCGUGGCUCCUAGUGUGGAUGCGGGCUCCAGUGUUCUUUGCGGAUUCAGAGAUUAGCAGAAAACCUCACGACUAUGCUAAUUCCGAGCUUUAUUUUGUGAUUUGGUUCCGGUCUAGAGCGUGUUCUUCUCCGGAUUUUGAGGUCACAGUGGAUGGAGUUCCUGUCGGAAGAGCAAGUCGGUAUUGCCCGCCGUCUCGACGUUUUUGCCUGUACACUAUAGGAAAGAAUCUGAUGCGUGAGGUAGCCGGCAGAGACGUACGAGUUAGCCUGCAGCGAAUCAAUAACAGUCCUGAUGAACUGCUUUGUGGACCGGACACAGUGACGGAGAUCCUUUCGUUUCUAGACGAUGCCCAGAGCAUAGUGAACGUCCCCCAAGAGGGCCGUGCCUCGAAUCUGUGCCGCUUGAUUCUUUUCCUCAAUAUGCCUCACUUUUUUCGAGUAAUGACGUUGUUGAUCGGCUGUGCAGCGCUUGUGGUUUUAUCCGCGGCCCUCGUUCUCAUGAGAAAGUGCGGACUGCACCCAGAGCCAAGCUAUGGUGCUGUGCAUCAGCAUCCUUCCCAGGUGCGUCACGGUGAGACCCUCCGGCGGAUGAAGCUUUGCGCAAAACAACUUGCCAUCUCACUGACGCUUGCCCUAUUUUGGUUCUUCCUAGGGCCAUGGAUUUUGAGCAAUCGAAUGACGGACAACUUUGGAGGAAUCGUCUUUCUCUGGACAGUUUAUUUGCCACGACAUGGCCGGAUUGGCCCGAACGCUGACCUCUUCUGGUUGUACGGCAUUCAGGCGGCCGCGCUGAUGUUGAUGCUAACGCUCAACUACCUCCUUUUGUUGUGGAGAAUGGAAGGAAUCAUUGGGCGACCACCAAACAAAGUGCCAAUAUUAUCGCGCCGUGCGUCAGGGUUGGCAAUCGCCGUAACCAGUGUGACUGCGUUGCUGGUUCACUUGCACAACCUGCUUUCCCUUCAUGGAGCUUUUGGAGUACUUGCAUCGAUCGUAUCCCCUGUGGGUGCUCCUUUUUCGGCUCUAUCAAGCAAUGCACUGAGCCGCCUCGCGCAUCUGCACCGCCUGAUGCAACGACACGCCUCCUUAAGCAUUGGAAAUAAAUGA